UUCGACGUGUUGCCUCUCUGUCACACUUACGUACGAAUUUACAAGUGCGACAGAGAGGCAACACGUCGAACGUGGUUCGCGGUAGGCCCUCUGUCCUCGCUACGUUCGGCCGUCUAUAUCUACUUGGCCUGCAACCCUCCAUUUCCUGGCCUCUAUAGUAAUAAUUCAUUUGAAAAAUAAUUUGAUUUAUGUCGUAGCUGUAUUUCACCACAGAUGAUCUAACUAAUACUUUGAGCUUUUUAAAAUCUUUCCAAGGUUUUCAAAAGCUUAACAACGCGCAUAUUACAGUGUUGGACAAAAAGUAGUUGGAUUAACGAUUAUGAUUACAAAAUGUAGUUUUAACUACAAAUUACAAUUACUAGGAAAAAGUAGUUGAGCCUUUGAUGAAUUAUUACUAACUACAUUUUAACUUUUCAUUUAAUUUUACAAGAUUUUGUACAAAGGGACUUAUUAAAAAAUAUGAACAUAAAAAGGGCAAAAGCUAGUUUUUGUCAUGUGGUCAGUUCCAUGAAGCAACACCCGAGCAUUUUUUAAAUUUAUAUGGCAUGAGGCUAAGUAAAUGUAUGAAAAACAAUAUAGAAAAAUAUUAUUGCUUUUGUUUACUGAGAGAGUACUAAAGUACUAAAUUUGCUCAUCUUUGCCUAUCAAGAAGUAAUUGAGUAAUUUUGAUUAUAAAUUAAUGUAAUUUCGAUUACAAAAAUUAAUCUUAAUUACAAGUAGUUGUAGCUACAUGUAAUCAACUACAAAUAAUUCAACUACAUGAAAUCUAAUUUGUAGUUAAAAUUACACAAGUAAUUUAUUACGCCCAACGCCCAACACUGGCGUGUGACAACAUUCAGUGUUACAAGUUAGUAAGUUUACAUAGACCCAAGUGGUCACUGCGGGUCCAUAUUGGGUUGCAUAAAAGUUUAAGUCAUAUCUUUGAUAUGCAUAACAACUUGUGUCAUAAUCAUCAUUGCGCAUACAAAUGAAAAGUCAUAUUAUAUUGUGUCAUACAUUUAUAGCCAUAUUAUUUGAUGACAUACAUAGCAGUUGUCAUAUACAUAUUUUUUGUGCAUACCUAAUAAUUACCUAACGAACCUAACCUAAAAUUUUAUGCGAAUUAAAUUUAUGACUGUAAAAAUUAUGACAUAACUCAUUUAUGACAAAACCCCAGUUAUACUCAGGAAUAAUAAAAUUCUGACUUAAGAUUUUAUGCAUAAAGUGUUGACAACUUGACAACAUGAAAAAUAAGACAAAAGUUGUUAUGCGACCAGAGGGAGUCCCAUAUAGAACCCUAAAACAAUACAAAAAACCGGACAGGUGCGAGUCGGACUCGCCCACCGAGGGUUCCGUACAGAUUUAACAUUUAUUUUUUACAAAUUUAAUAGUUUUUAUAUUUUUCCCUGAACUUGUAGUACAUAUAAUAUUAGACGAUAUUACUUGCCAUAUUUCAUAGGUCUAGGUCAACCGAAAGUAUCGUAUAAUUUAAUUAUGAUUCCCUUGAGAGUGUCGAAAUAUUUGUUUUCACUUCUCAUGCUCGUAAAAUUGACAUUUAAGUCGGGUGUAAUGAAAGGGACAUAAAAUUACUAAUUAUGCUCUAGAGCAUAAAGCAAAAAUCAUCUAUUAUUACCACUUUAUUAACUCGGCAAUAAAGUUCGAAAUCUGCCAGCCCUGCCGGCGCGCCCCCGACCGGCCCGAGUACGAUUUUCUUUGGUCUUGAGCAAAUAUUAUAAAUUUUCCUCGCAAUCGAAGUGAAAAGCAUAGUGUAUAACUCAGGCAUAAAUGUCCGACUAUAUUGGCCCUCGCUGCGCUCGGAGCAAUAAAUUGCUUCGGAUAAAAAUGGAUCGCUUUUUGCCCUUGUUGUACAGUCUACUAUUUUUGCGGCGUAAACGGCCGUAACUUUUUUUUUACGUUAACUUAGGAGUUUAAUUUUUUCACAGCUUAAAGGGGCUGUAAACCGGAGUAUAUGGCUUUAAUUUAAACUCAAUACCUCCAUGCGUUCCCGAGAUAAAGGAUCUUGCCAGACGGGUGGCCGGACGGACGGACGGAAGGACGGACUGACAACAAAUAAGUGAUCCGUUUUUUUCCUUUUGAAAUACGGAACGCUAAAAACGCUUAAAAUGCACUGCCGCUUGACGUCAUAUUUAAAUAUCGCUGAUCUCAGUGUUUCGAUAUACUUACGAAAAAACUAAAAGGUUCGCAUUACCAUGCAGUAGUCAGCAAUACAUAAUUCACUGAAUUAUUAUCAUUUUAAUAUGACCGUUCUUCGAGAUACGCUUACAUACUCGUGCACGACUGUGAGUGUGGAGUUUUGUUUCAGUUAAGGAUUAGCAGUUGCCGACUCGUGUUGAUUAUUACUAUAUGCGACCACGAAUAGUGUAAUUUGGUGUUAUUGUACUUUAUAAAUUAUUGUCUAAGCACUCUAAGCUGAAUUAUAACACCCCUCUCUUUUUGCCCCGGGGGUUAAUAAAAGAACUGGUGAACGAAUUAUUUCAAGUUGUAAACCUACUCACAUAACAGAAGACCGGAUUACUAGGGUGAACGACAUCAUGUUACAAGUCAGCGACUUUUGAAGGCAGAUAACUCGCUGCUUUGCUUUGGACCGGGAUUUAUUUAAACGCUUGCUGAUCAUUUUUCAGCAAAGGUCUAAUAUACAUUUGAUCUCCUGUUACGCAUAUCCGAGUCACCAUGUACUCUUUAAUUGGUAGAUCUAUUUCCCGAGUCAACCCAAAAUAUAACACCCGGAGUUGUGUUAUGGCCAUCAGACAGACUGUACAUGAUAAAACUAUUGACGAUAUGGCGCACCCAAAAUGUUUACCUUUGCUCGGAACUAAAUUGGAUUUAAUGCUAGCAGGCGGUGGAACAAUGUUGCACAAAUAUAUUGACAAGAGGCACAAAGAACUAGGACCCAUUUUUUACGAAAAAUUAGGAUGUAACACGAAACUAGUUUUCAUUAGCGAUCCGCUUAUGAUAAAGACAGUGUUUCUAAGCCUUGAAGGAAAAUAUCCUAAACAUAUAUUACCGGAACCGUGGGUUUUGUAUGAAAAACUUUAUGGCUCCAAGAGAGGUCUUUUCUUCAUGAACAGUGAAGAAUGGUUAAUAAAUCGGCGAAUAAUGAACAAACAUUUACUCCGAGAGGGGUCUAUAGAAUGGUUAGAAGAUCCCAUUAAAUCUUCAGUUAAAAAGUUUGUCCGCGCUUGGACACGAAGAGCCGAAAAAGGAAGUACAAGAGUAAAUUUAGAAUCUGACUUGUACAGACUGUCGACAGAAGUUAUAUUAGCCAUACUUGCUGGUGCGAACGGAUCACCAAAUGGCGUCAUGCAUUCUGAAGCAAUGCUUUCCGAAUUCUCAGAGACCGUAAAACAGAUAUUUCAAACAACAACGAAAUUGUAUGGUUUGCCAUUACAUAUCUGUCAACGUUUAAAUUUAAAAGUAUGGAGAAAUUUCAAGGAAUCGGUGGAUGCGUCGCUUCAUUUCGCGCAGGGUUUGGUAUCAGAAAUGAUAAUCAAAAGAGACCAAGGCGACGGUCUCAUACAAAAACUUCUCGAAGAUGGCUUAAACAAAGAAACAAUAGUACGGUUAGUUGCAGAUUUCAUAUUAGCGGCUGGCGAUACGACUGCUUAUACCUCAAUUUGGAGCCUAUAUCUAAUUUCACAAGACGAUGGUGUUAAACACGAAAUACGCACUAGAGAUGUAGGAUACGUGAAAAAUGUACUGAAAGAGGCUAUGCGACUUUAUCCAGUAGCCCCAUUUUUGACAAGAAUUUUGCCAAAAGAUUGUAUCCUUGGCGAAUACAAUCUAAAUUUGCAUACCCCAAUAAUCGCAUCAAUUUACACCUCUGGACGAGAUGAAAAGUAUUUUACUAAAGCAAAUAUGUUUUUACCUUUCCGCUGGGAUAAAAAUGAUCCAAGAAGGAAGAAUCUUGCCAACCACAACCCUUCAGCAACAUUGCCCUUUGCACUUGGCGCCAGGUCGUGUAUAGGCAAGAAGUUGGCAAUGAUGCAACUAACAGAGUUCCUGAGUCAGAUUGUAAACAACUUUGAUUUCAAGUGUACAAAUAGUGGAAAAGUGUUCCCAGUCACAUCACAGGUUCUUGUGCCCAGUGAACCUAUUCAACUGAAAUUAUCACAUAGGAAUAUUUGAAGAAAAUUGAUAGGUAAAAAGUUUUUUAAACUUAUAUUUUUCAAUUAUUAUAAUGAAAUGAAAACAAUUGAUAAACCUUUUUAGGUAUCUAAGUUAAUACAUUAAUGUGUAAAAUAUUAUUUUCUGAAGGUUGAAUACAUGAGAUGCAAUUAUA